GGGAGCGCGUCUGUUUUCUUCGGGUGUGCACGCGCACGCACCGCAUAGGCGGGAGUGGGAGGGUUCGCGCAGGCGCCAAGCGUGCGUGGAACAGGCAAGUGGUCGGGGCAAAUUUUAGGAGAGCUGAAUACAACCAACGCAUUAAUAUGUCUCCUGAAGUUGCCUUGAACAGAAUUUCUCCAUCACUUUCUCCUUUGAUUUCCAAUGUGGUUAGAAAUGGAAAAGUAGGACUGGAUGCAACUAACUGCUUAAGGAUUACAGAUUUGAAAUCUGGUUGCACAUCCCUGACUCUUGGGCCCAGCUGUGAUCGCUUUAAGUUGCAUAUUCCUUAUGCUGGAGAAACACUCAAAUGGGAUAUAAUUUUUAAUGCCCAUUAUCCUGAGCUGCCACCUGACUUUAUCUUUGGAGAAGAUGCUGAAUUCCUACCAGAUCCUUCUGCCUUACACAACUUAGCCUCAUGGAAUCCUUCAAACCCUGAAUGCCUCCUGCUUGUUGUGAAAGAACUUGUGCAGCAGUAUCACCAGUUCCAAUGCAGCAGAUUACGUGAGAGCUCUCGCCUCAUGUUUGAAUAUCAAACGUUACUUGAAGAUCCCCAGUAUGGAGAAAACAUGGAAAUAUAUGCUGGCAAAAAGAACAACUGGACUGGUGAAUUUUCAGCUCGUUUCCUUUUGAAAUUGCCAGUGGACUUCAGCAACAUCCCCACUUAUCUUCUCAAGGAUGCAAAUGAAGACCCUGGGGAAGAUGUUGCUCUUCUUUCAGUCAGUUUUGAAGAUACAGAAGCGUCUCAAGUUUUUCCCAAAUUGUAUCUCUCUCCACGAAUUGAACAUGCUCUUGGAGGAUCUUCAGCCCUUCACAUCCCUGCUUUUACAGGUGGAGGCUGCCUCAUUGAUUACGUGCCCCAAGUAUGCCAACUGUUAACCAACAAGGUACAGUAUGUCAUUCAAGGUUACCAUAAGAGAAGAGAGUAUAUUGCAGCGUUCCUUAGUCACUUUGGGACUGGUGUGGUAGAAUAUGAUGCUGAGGGUUUCACGAAACUUACCCUGUUGCUGAUGUGGAAAGAUUUUUGCUUCCUUGUUCACAUUGACCUGCCACUCUACUUCCCUCGGGACCAGCCAACUUUAACAUUUCAAUCAGUCUAUCACUUCACUAACAGUGGAGAAUUGUACUCCCAGGCCCAGAAGAACUACCCCUAUAGUCCACGUUGGGAUGGCAAUGAGAUGGCCAAAAGAGCAAAGUUGUUGUGCCUGCUCAGAGUCAUUAUCCACAGCUGUUUCAUGAACACUGACAGCCGGGCUCUGCCCCUCAGACACUCCUGCAUCGCCUGGAAAGUUGACAGCUUCCCCUUCCUCCUCUCUGUCGGAGAUCGAGGGCGUGACAGCUCAGGAGGAUGAGAAUCCCUGAGGGCUUAUUUUAAAACAUUUGUCCCUCAGUUCCAGGAGGCGGCGUUUGCCAAUGGAAAACUCUAAAAUAAAGCUGGGUGGAAGCAUCCGUAUUCUGAGAGGAUGCCAAACCGAUUCUUAUGUCCACAUGCCU